AUGUCGAAGCCAGAUGCACUUCAACGUAACUUGCAACUAAUCCUCGGGGAUAGGCAGAGAAUAGGCUGGCAGCUUGAGCCACCUGCCCCGGGCACGCUAACCGGCAUGGUUGACUUUGGCUCAAAUGACACCUUGUCCUUAUCCUCGUCUGGCCUUUUGGGGAAGGAAUUUCUCAAGGAGCUUGCAAAGUAUCCCAAUUUUAUCCUUGGUGGAAGAGCGUCCCGUUGGGGUGAAGGGUCAACCGAUUACCUUUUGCAACUGGAAGAGUACAUUGCCAAGUUCCAUAAGGCAGAAAGUGCCCUGUUCUUCCAAACUGGCUAUGGAGCAAAUGUUGCUGUCUUUUCAACACUCACCCAGCCGCAUGAUGUGGUUCUGUAUGAUAGCCUCGUCCAUGCAAGUAUCCGGGAAGGAUUGUAUCGCAGCCAUGCAACUACUCUUCCUUUUAGCCACAACGAUCUAGCAAGUCUACGCCAGCGUUUGCUGGACACCAAGAAUCAGCAUGAAGGAGUUAGAUCAGGCCUCUCUCUUGUUUUUAUUGCACUUGAGUCUUUCUAUAGUAUGGACGGCGAUGUGGCGCCUCUCAAGGCAAUCGUCAGGGAAGUGAAGGAACAGCUUCCCCACGGAAAUGCUGUAUUUUUGAUCGACGAGGCACAUUCGACGGGACUGGUUGGCCCCCAGGGGUCCGGCCUGGUGUCUCAUUUGGGUCUGGAGAAAGAGUUCUCUAUUCGGGUUCAUACCUUUGGCAAAGCACAUGGGGCUUCUGGUGUUGUUUUGUCAAGCAGAGAGUGCAAACAAGUCCUGCUUAGUUGCGUCCGUGGACUCAUUUUCUCCACUGCACCAACCUUCACGACCUUGGCGGCAGUCAAGGCUGGGUAUAGCAUUUUAGCGAGUGCCGAAGGCGAAAAGAGGCGAGACCUCGUACAGUCCAACAUAAAUCUGUUCUAUGAUUCCAUCAACAAACAUGCAUCAUGGCCAGGCUGCCAGCACCUCGGUAUCAUCACUAUCCCAAUGAAGCCUACAACUGAUACUACCAUGUCUCCCAUUAUCCCCAUCAUCGCUCACCACGGCGGAGCAGCAGCUCUGGGACAGUCUUUGAGCCAAAAAAGGUUUCGCGUUCUCGUUGUUCAUUUUCCCGUUGUGCCCAAGGACCAGGAGCGAGUUAGGAUCAAUUUGCACGCUGAUCAUACAGCCGACCAGAUUCUUUCACUUGUCGACCUGAUCAUUGAGUGGACUCAGACGCGCCGGAGAGUUGGAAUGUCUGAAUCUCAUCUCUAA